AUGAAGUUUGGGAAAUAUUUGGAGUCAAAGCAAUUGGAAUUGCCAGAAUACUUGGGCCAUUUCAUUAACUACAAAGGUUUAAAGAAGUUGAUCAAGCAGCUAGCUACGAUAGAUGAUAACAAUGGUAACGUCAAAAUAAAAAUAGAUUUCGUUAAUAAUCCAGAAAUCCAAAAAAUCCUUCAGGAUAACAAGUCUACGUUCUUUUUUAGGGUUGAGAGAGAAUUGGACAAAGUUAAUGAGUUUUAUUUGGAAAAACAGGCGGACUUAAAAUUGAAGUUAGAAAUUUUGGUCACCAAGAAGUUACAGCUAUUGAAAAAACAUUCUCUGCAAUUACUAUUAGAGAGCAAUGAAUCCAAUCCAAAUGCAAAAAAGAAAUCCUCAAUCACCUUCCAGACCCUCUACGCAAAUUUCAAGCAAUUCUCCGUUAAAAUUGACGAAUUAUCCCAGUUCGUUGAAUUGAAUGAAACAGGCUUCAGAAAAAUCCUCAAGAAAUGGGACAAAAGAUCACAAUCUCACUUACAAGAAUUAUAUUUAUCAACAACCGUCAAUGUCCAACCGGUUUUUCAUAGAGAGGAAAUUAACCAUUUAAAUGACUUAGUGGGAAAUAGUAUAACAGAACUUGAAGCGUUUGCAGAUGGGGAGAAUGUCGUCAUUCAAAACUCCUCUACGAUUCCUCAUCGUACCUUGGAGUUUGAACCAUCAGAAAACACCAUCAUCGAAGAUGAGGAUCACCAAACCGAUGAGAUGUAUUCUAAAUUUCUCAAUAUUGCCACGGCUCCAAAUAAUCAGUUGAUUUUGCUUAGCAAUUGGUUGAACAAGUUGAAGGGUUUUGAGAAUUCAGAAAGAUUAACCAAGAUAUUCUUCUUGUCUAUCACUGCACCAAUCGAAGACGUUUACCUUCUCAAUUUCUAUAACUUUUUCAAGAAAUAUAUCGAUUUGAAAUUUGUGGACGAUUACACCAACAAAAAUUUCUUGCAUCAAAUUGCCACCGGUUUAUUCCCUGAUCAUGAUGAUCAACUGUCAUCGAAGCUAAAUGAUGUAAACUGCAGAGCUAAUAGUAUCAUACAAUUGUCAAAAAUUGAUGAGUCGAUAUCAAGCAAACAACGUGAAGAGCCUCAACCUCAAUCUCAGCCGCAAAUUGAUCAAAAUAGCAAAGUAUCUAAAUUUACCAGAUAUUUCUUGGUCAAAUAUUUAUUGUUAGAUGAUGCAUCAAAUGAGUUUAUUGAUCUAUUGUCCAUGAAGGAUAACAACAGCAAAAUCCCCCUUCAUUAUGCUUCUCAGUUUGGUGAAUUUGAAUUAUCAAAACUUUUAGUUGAAAAAUGCCCAGAAAGCAUUUAUUUGUUAGAUAAUCAUACUAUGUCACCAUUGUUACUUUCGAUCAAAAAUAAUCAUUUGGACUGCGUCAGUUACUUGCUCAAUAAGCAGAACGAAUUGCAUUUAUCAAAUAUUACUCCACUGUCUAGUGAAAAGCUGGCUGACACUAUGAAUGCGCAAAUCCCCCCAUUAAUAUAUGGCUGCAAGAAGGGAAAUCCAGAAAUUAUUCGAACUCUAUUAUCUUUUCCAUCAAUAAUUGAUACCACCACGCCUAACGUCGAAGGGCUUCUUCCUCUCCAUAUGGCAGCAAGAUUUGGCCACCAUCAAAUUAUUGAACUUUUGAUAACAGAGGGCCAUUGCGAUCCCAAUGGAGUCUGUUCACUCAAUCACUGGAGCCCAAUUUUUUAUUCUGCUUACCACGGUCAUGCCAGGACCACUAAACAGUUGAUCAAGUUUGGUGCAGUGCCAGAUAUACUGGAUGAUGAAAACUGUACCCCAAUUUAUUAUGCUGCCUUGAAAGGUCAUGUUAAUGUACUAAAUGUGUUAUUCCAUUCUGCUGGAAUGAUGAAUCUUAAUACUCCUUUUCCUUUGACUACUAGCAAUUUAUCAAAGGCUAACUUGAAUACCAUUAAGAGCCCUAUUUUGGGAGAAGUGGCUAUUGAGAACCCAAUGGGGAACAUUGGAAACAAUAAAAAUAGUAUUGAAAUAUUGACUCCUACCACUAUUAAUAACUUGUUUAAGACCCUACCACAGAAGAAAUCGCCGCCUUCAAAUAUAUUGAAUUCAACAUCAAAUAGUAUUCCAAGCACAAACUCUAAUCCCGCGAUGUCUCAGCCAAUGAACCAUAACCCGAACUCUAAUAUUAAUUUAGAUUCAAUUCCAAACUUCUCCUUACCGCCUCCUAUAAUUCCUUUGAGAAAGUAUGGACAUAAUUUCUUGGAAAAAAAGACGUCUUUGCAAAUAUUUUUCUUGCCAGGUAAGGCAUCAAUUAAAAUGUUCAAUCGUGCUGGUCACGGCGCUCAUUCAACAUCCCAUAUAAAUAAUAAUUCCAUCCAGCAGAGAAUGAAUUCUUUCCAGAACAAUUCGGGUAUCCAAGAAUUUGAAGAUGUUAAUGAAGAAGAUGACGAUGAAGAUGAUGAUCACAUUUUCAAUGAUGAUGAAGAUAGUUAUGAUAAUGUGAACAGACCAUUAUUCCCAGGACGUAUCACUAUAGCUUCUAGCUCCCUUGAUGUGGUUCCGCGUAACUUGCUAUUACCAAUCAACGAUAAAGAAAAUUCUGUGACUUUCCAACUUGAUCUUGACGAUUUGCCAGAAAAUUUUCUGAUUGGCUUUGAAUUAUAUCCAACAUUUGGAACCAGAUUGAUCGCUAAAACCACCGCUCUCGCUGAUGUUUUUCUUGGAAAAGCUGUUAUAGAUGGAGAAGGAACAGUUACUUUACCUUUAUUUGACUCAAGAGUCAAAACCGUUGGGGAGUUGACCUUCUCAUUCCAAAUAAUUAGUGCUUAUUGUGGGACACCAUUAGAAAUCACUAAAUACGAGACUUACUGGAAAUCUACUAAAGAUGAUGAAGAUGUCAAUCCAACGGUUUCUAACAAUGACACUGGCCAUCAUAUGGCAUCGAUUUUAUCAUUUGUGGCCGAGUUUUCAUUGAGCGGAGAUUACUUGAAACUCAAUCUUGUGAUGUUGGGUGAUGGAACUCCUGUGGUGGUUCCGUCUAGUUUUGUACGCAUUGGUGGAAUUAAACUAUCAUUAAUGACCUUGAGCUACGAGGAAUUGUUGGCGAUUGUAUCGUCGGAUAAUUCUAUCGAUGAUAUCAAAAAUCAAUUGAUAACAUUACAACAGGAAUUCAAAAGUGAUCCUGAAUUAGCCAGUGGCAGCUGUUUAAUGAAAAAGAAGAAUUUCAUUAAGAAGGUCCAUUCUCUUCUCUCAAAGCUAUACUUACCAUUGGAUAUUGUAUUACAAACUUUACCAAUAGAAAUCUCUGUGAACCUUGAUAUCUUCUAUCCAACAAAGUUUGAACUCGAACAUUUUUUCAAGAUGAUUUCCGUCAACAACAAUUCUGAUUUCCCGGGACGUUAUGGAACUCGGGGUGCUGAACCUACCGGUUUGAAUUCUUUUGUUGAUCGUAUCUUGACCCAUGUGUUCAACCAUAUGAGAACCUGCAAAGCGGCUAAGAGAUCUAUUGUUUUCUCCUCAUAUAAUCCCCAAGUUUGCAAAGUUUUGAAUUGGAAACAGCCUAAUUUCCCAGUGUUUUUUGCUAUGGGAGGUACAGGAUUCGACUACUCGACAAAUAGUUUUGAAUUGAGAAGUGCCAACGGUUUCACCAUCACCAAGAAUCUGAUUUUGAACCAACUCCACAGAUCCGUUGGCAGUGGAGUUGCCAUUAAUAACAUCCAUUCCUUAGGAAGUACUACCGUCAGCUCAUCAGGUACCGGAGUUAACUUGAUUAAAAACAUUGAAAAUCCGUGUACUAGGUCUAUUGAUCAGGCCAUUGGAUUUGCUAGUGCCAAUAAUUUGAUGGGGGUGAUAUUACCGAUUAAGUUGCUACACUGUAUUCCUGACUUGAGUAAUACUAUCAGAUCAAGGGGUUUAAUUCUAGUAGGGACAAAGGAAGAUCCAAAAAAGUUCAGUAAUCACUUUUUUGAGAAAGCCAAACCUUUCCAAGAGCUGAUGGACGAUCAUAAGACAGAAACUAAAGAAUCUAAAGGAGUCUUUGAUACGCUUAAAGAUUUUGAGGAUAUUGAAAUCAAAGAUUAUUCGACGAGUAAUGAUGGAAACCUUAAUGGGGUUAGAAUUAACUCAGUUUUAGAGUUCCGUGGGUCUAUUGACAUGUAA